AUGAGCGCCGACGAAGUCGGAGACACAGCUUCGAUGUCUACCACCAACGGCGAACCCCACCCUAAUUCGGGUGCAAUUGCGACGCCCGGUAAAAGAAAGCGCUCGGGCCAGGACGAGAAAUCGGGACCAGACUCGAGUUUCUCCGCGUCGCAGGACAAGAACUAUCUUCACGAGACUCUCCGAAGCCUGGUUGAGCUCCUUCUCAAGCAUGACACCGAACUCCAGCUCCUCUCGUGCCCCUUCCCAACGUCGGCAGCUAAGCCUCGAACCAAACGCGCAAAGGUUUCGGGAGACCAGGAGACUUGCAACAUCCAAACCCGGGUCGAUGCGAGUCACUACAGCACUCUGCAGGAAUUUCUGUCCGAUAUUGAAAAGGCGUCUGCUGCGGUGAUUGAGCGCAACCAGAACCAGGCAAAUGGCACCAGAGCUGACGGAGCGCCUCUGACUGAGGUUGUUAACCGUAUCGCUGCCUUCAAGAAGCACAUGAACAGCCUAGUCGGUCAAUCCUUUAUCAAUCAGACCGACGUCAAGGCGGAGUCACCGGAUGAUGACGGAGAGGAGCUAUCGCAAUCAACAGCCAUGCAUGUGGACGCUCGAGAGGACAAGCAGGCCUUGACUCUCUUUGGGAAUCCUUCAAAUCCACAACAGUUGUUUUCUAGUCUCCAAAAAUCGGUCAAGGUGCCGCUCCAGUCCUCCGACUCGGAGGCACAACACUUUGUCGAAGUGCAGGAGGAACUGCGAGAAACUGCAUUGCCCAAUGGUAUCACGACCACCAAGAUUGUUCCCUAUAAUUUGGAAGCCGCUUCCAAAUCACUCAAGAGAACUUUCGGUGAGGUAUUUGCUCCACGGCCAGGAUUGCCGCAGCUGGAGCCUCCCCGGAGACGAAGCAAUCGAAGUACCUCGGCCUGGAUCGAUCCCUUGGAAACCAUCUCAGACACCACGGCGUUUCUGGGCGACCGCAACAACUAUUGCCUUGCACCACUUCCCUCAACUGAAUGGCUGCAAUACGGUGGAGUCACGUCGUCGCCAUCAUAUUGGAGUCGUGUAGAAAAACACCAUGCAGAAGGGGAUGUCCAGCCAAGGCAUGGGGAUCCAGCACUCUGGACUCGCCCUGACCACUCUCUUCUGCAGGGUGUCUUCUCGUCAUUUGCCCCCUCUUUCGAUAGCUCUGGGGCUGUUGUGCAGCUCGAUUCGAAGGAUCUUGUGUGGUGGGGACGACGAGGCGCGAAACGCCUGCGCACUCUGCUAUCCAUCCCAUAUGAGCAAGAUGUCGAAAUUGAGACCCCAACGGUGCAGCCAGGUAGUAUUGGUGAACUUGACGAAAGCACUCUGGAAGAGAUGGUCCGAUCAUUCAACCCUGAUGACUUCGCCGAGAACUUUCAUCAAUCCGGUACAACAGCCACAAAUGACCCAGAAUCCAAAGAUGUUGAAGAGAUGCUGAGCGAUAUUUCUGAGUUGCUCAAUACCCUCAGUUCCUUCCAGAGGAUUCGCAACCUCGGUCAGCCCGCUCAUAACGGCCAGCAUUCCGAGCCCAAAGAAACCCCAGCGCCAGACUUUGGCAGUCCCAGCUCACCAUCUGACGCAGAGGUGGGUAUUUAUGACACCCUGAAGUCAAGUCUGGCUGCGCUCAUCAGCAAUCUCCCGCCUUAUGCGGUUGCCAAGUUGGACGGCGACCAGCUGGCAGAUUUGAACAUCAGUCAAAAGAUUUUGGUUGAAAACCCAGAUUACAGUGGCACGAUGGAAAGAGAUGAUUAUACAUUGCACCAGGAACGAGCUGCGGCAAUGGUCGCAGCAGCCAAUGUCGCAAACCGUACCUCGACCCCAUCAGCACCGCGACCCGGAAAUUACCAAGGCUCUCAAUCCGCCUACAACCAACGUGCAUAUGCUUCGAAUGCGCGGAUUCCGCAGCCCCAGGGUGCAUUCCAGGUUCCACCGCAGCACGGGCGGCAAUCCUCAGCAGGCGCCUAUACUCAAGCUUAUCCCGGGUAUCGUCCGCCGAACACGCCAGUUCAACGGCCUGGCUUUCCCUCCCAGUAUUCGCAGGUGAACCCGCAAUACAGUCAAGCCAACAAUGUCCCUCAGUACCAACGUCCCACUCCCAACGGUUAUACGCCCUAUUCAGCGCAACCAUCUGCCCAGGCUUCACCACAGCCCUACACGCCACGACCUGGACAACUAGGGUCAAACAACGCUGCAACCCAGGGUCGCACGCCCUAUGCGAGCACGGGCUCAUCUCAGCGAUACCAAUUCUCAAACCAGACCCCAUCACAGGGCACGCUCCCAAAUUCGGCUGCUGCCGCGACAUAUGCUCGCAGUGCCGCUGAGCAGGCUGCAUUGAUGGAUCGCAACAAGGCGCAGUUGGCGGCUCAUCAAAGUCGACAGAGCCCCUCGACGCCACAACCGCAGGGUCUUGAGGCUAGCGCCUCGCAAGAAGGCAGUCUCACUCCGGGGAAACAGAACGGGACGCCUGUCCCAUCAUAG